AUGAAGGUUCCUGCAGUCACCCUGGCUGCUCUGCUCAUCAUGGCCAUCUGCUCUCCAGCUGAGGCCCAUCCCAUUCCUGCAUCACUCCAGGAUCUAGACAACGUCCCCUCUGUCUGCUGCCUCAGAUACCUGAGCCGCCCCAUCCCGCAGAGACGCAUCACUUCCGUCUACACCACCAGCAGCGCCUGCAGCCAGCCAGCAGUGAUCCUGGUCACCAAGACAGGGAGAGAGCUGUGCGCAAACCCCCAGGAGGCCUGGGUGCAGCAGCAUGUGAAACACUUCCAGAAGCCGAAGAACUGA